CUCCCACACUUCUCCCCCACUCACAGCGCAAAAUAUGUGAGUAAAGAAAAGAAGGACCGUAAAGCUAUUCAUCUUUAACGUACAAAUUAAAACCCAUUUAUAGUAGAAUUGCAGGAGGAAUUGAAGAUCGAGCAAUGGAUAUGGAGAUUGGGCAAGAUUUCAAAGGAGAGGUCGAGGACAGUAAUUGUCCUGAUGAACAGGAAGUGAUGGAGGAGACUACUCUUGAUUGGAGGGGCAGACCUUCCAAUCCUGCAAAACAUGGCGGAAUUAGGGCUGCACUCUUUGUUCUUGGGUUGCAAGGAUUUGAGAUAAUGGGGCUAGCGGCAGUGGGGAACAAUCUGAUAACGUAUGUGAUCAACGAGAUGCACUUUUCACUGUCGAAAUCAGCGAACAUAGUCACCAACUUCAUCGGAACUGUCUUCCUCUUAGCACUCCUCGGUGGUUACCUCUCCGACUCUUUUCUUGGCUGCUUUUGGACCGCCCUCAUUUUUGCCUUCCUUGAACUUUCGGGUUUCAUAUUAUUGUCGAUCCAAGCUCAUAUUCCCCAGCUAAAGCCGCCAAAAUGCAACGUGCUAAUAGACGGCGAGGGAUGCGAGGAGGCGAAGGGUUUGAAGGCACUCAUAUUCUAUAUCGCACUCUACUUGGUGGCGCUUGGGAGUGGGUGUGUGAAACCUAACAUGAUCGCCCAUGGCGCUAAUCAGUUCGACCCGAAUCAAAACCCUAAGAAGCUCUCCACUUACUUCAAUGCCGCUUACUUUGCCUUCUCCGUCGGCGAGCUCGUCGCCCUCACUCUCCUCGUCUGGGUUCAGACUCACUCCGGCAUGGACGUCGGCUUCGGGAUCUCCGCCGCCGCCAUGGCGAUGGGCUUGAUUAGCUUGGUUUGCGGCACGGUUCUGUAUAGGAAUAAGCCCCCUCAAGGAAGCAUUUUCACUCCAAUUUCUCAGGUUUUUGUGGCUGCAUUUCUGAAAAGAAAAACAGAAUUUCCUUCUGAUCCGCGUAUGCUUCACGGAAGCCGCCCCACUCUUUCUUAUCAUCUUCAUCACACUAAUCGAUUCAGGUUCUUGGACAAGGCUUGUAUCAAGCAGGUUGAAGAUGGAGCCCUAAGCUCAAAGGAGAAUCCAUGGCGUCUCUGCACAGUAACCCAAGUGGAACAAGUGAAAGUACUACUCUCAAUGAUCCCCAUAUUCGCCUGCACCAUAAUCUUCAACACCAUCCUAGCCCAGCUCCAAACCUUCUCAGUCCAACAAGGCUCCGCCAUGGACACAAACCUCAAAUCCUUCAAAAUCCCCCCGGCUUCCCUGCAAGCCAUCCCCUACAUGAUGCUCAUCUUCAUCCUCCCUCUCUACGACGCCGUUUUCGUCCCCUUCGCCCGCAAUCUCACCGCCCACCCCUCCGGCAUCUCCCCUCUCCUCCGCAUCGGCCUCGGCCUCUUCACCGCCACUUUCUCCAUGGUCUCCGCCGCCCUAACAGAACACAAGCGAAAAACGGCCUCCGAAAAAUCCGGCGAGAUUCUCUCCAUCUUCUGGAUCGCUCCCCAAUUCCUCAUCUUCGGAUUCUCCGAAAUGCUCACCGCCGUCGGAUUAAUCGAGUUUUUCUACAAAGAAUCUACGAAAGGAAUGCAGACAUUCGCGACCUCCAUGACCUAUUGUUCGUACUCUUUCGGUUUCUACUUGAGCUCAGUUCUUGUAUCCAUGGUGAACAAGAUAACCUCUUCUGGUUCGAAAGGGAAAGGGUGGUUGAGCGAUAAUAAUCUGAAUAAUGAUAGGCUUGAUUUGUUCUAUUGGCUGCUAGCGGGGUUGAGUUUCCUUAAUUUCCUGAAUUAUGUGUUCUGGGCUAGAUGGUUUUCCAGAAACCGGUCGCCGGAACAGCGAAGCUUUGGUACUACAAAGGUGGUCGGAGAUAAUGAUGAUAGUAUUAGUGUAGCUUGAAGUAAGAGUACAGUAAUGUUAUGCAUGGUGGUGAUGUUAGAGUGUAUGUAUUAUAUCAUGUUUUAUUAGUUGAUGAGGUGAUAGAAUCAUAACAUUUUACAUGAAAUGGAGAUUAUAUAUAUGGAAUUUCGUGGCAGAUUUACCAUGUAUAUAUAGGUUUCUUGAGCU